CGACAACACCUCUCUCAACAUCUACCAUAUUAUGUCCUUCAUCCUGCCUCUGGGUUGUCCGCUUGACGACAUAUUCGUCCAUAAAGACGAAGAGCGUAUGCAUUCCAUGACCUUCAAGUCGAGUCGGGGAUACGUGGCCGUCAAGCUCAUGAGAGCAAGCGCAUUGACAUUUCUAUUGAGGAGCAGGUUGAAUGCUGGCAGCUAGAAUGAACCUGACAAGUCUUGUUUCCCAGUGAUCAACACAAUGUCUCUCAGAAAGAGAUCUUAUGGCAUGGAAAGGGUGCUUCGGAAUAACAGACUUGAAAGCGAGAAACGCAGCAGCAUUGAGGUAUUAUGGUUCUUUCCCUAUUGUUGGCGGUGAUGGCAUUUCUUCGGGCUCAGCGCAAUUGAGCCCAUAGAGAUGAAUAGGCCUUGCGCUUGCCAUUGUCGGCCAUACAUCAACUACCUUCCCUAUUGUCGCCGCUCCUUCCAUUGAGACGCUUGCACACCCAGCAAAGAUGUCUUCUGUCCCUCUCUUCUCUACUCUCUUCUUUUUCUUUUCUUCUCUACACAGAACACAUAGCUACAGCUUUGCUUCACACACACUCCUCCGCUGUUAGCCCUCCUCACCCUUAUCAUCCAUCCCGACUGCAUUUUGGCUUGCUCAUUGUACCCAUCUCAUUGCUGCUCUAUCAUUUCCAACAAAUCCUCAGCAAGGAGAACCCCACUGGGCGUGGCAAGGCUACCCCGUUGGUGAUUGCAACCGUGGUCAUGUCUGAGAAGACCGGAACUCAAGCUACCGCAGGCACAGCCUACGCUAGCUACCAUCCAUCUCGACUACCCUACUCGGGAUCUACCUACCAACCAUCAUACACUGGAGGACUAAGCAUGGCAAGCAACAACCCACUGGCCAAUAUGCAAACCCUCAAGGCAAGCCUCCCAGCAUCCAACCAAAUGGACGGCGAAGUCACUGCAGCUGGCCAACGUCAAGGCUACAACAAUCCACUCAUGGUUCUCCCGUCUGGCCAGACUGUUCCUCUGAGCUCCUUCUAUGGUCAAAAUCAGGCAUCCACUGGAGACACUACUUCCCAGUUGCCAUACAUGCCUACUGGAAUGUUUCCUAGCUUCAUGGGCAACAACAUCCCUGCCGGUCCUAUGUCAGGCUACUGCUGGCCAUAUGGUAUAGCUUCGAAUGUCAACGGCUUUGACCCAGCCCGUCGAGCAUCCUGGUCAUCCAAUGAAGAAAAUACCACUACCAAUCAAGCUGUGGGCCUCCAGGGUCAAUCGGAGUAUUACCCGGGUAUGCCCUAUCCGGCCACAGCGGCAACCGCUGCACAGUACAUUUCUGGACCAAUUCAACCUAUGAAGUGUGCUGACAACAAGUCGUAUGAAAUGGUCAACCUGGACGAACUUGUCUCUCGUGAUACGCCAAUUCCGCGUGCUGUCCCAGCUCUUUGGACCAACCAAGAAGAGCUCAGUCUCGCCAAAUGUCUCCAGAAUCCCGAAGGCAUCACCAAUGUUUACAUCCGUGGCUUUAUGCCUGAUACCACGGACGAGGAUCUUGAACGUUGGGCUUCUCGGUUUGGAGAGAUCGAAUCGUGCAAGGCCAUCAUUGAGCAGGACACUGGCAAGUGCAAAGGCUUCGGCUUUGUCAUGUACUACUCUCCUGCUGCUGCUGAGAAUUGCAUUCGAGGCUUCUUCCAUCUCGGCUUCCAAGCCAGCUAUGCUCAGAAAUCUCGUAAUUCUCGCCUCAAGGACCUUGAAGACAAAAGUUCCACCAACAUCUACUGCACCGGAGUCCCCAUUGACUGGAAUGAAUCUGAUCUCGCCAAGCACUUCCUGCCUUACCGCGCCGUUUCUACCAAGAUCUGUCGGGAUGUACCUUCUGGGGUCAGCAAAGAAGUUGGAUUUGCCAGAUUUGAGAGUCGUGAAAUUGCUGAGCGUGUCAUCAGAGAAUUCCAUUCUGUUCUGACCGACCACGACGGCGUCAAGCUGUUCCUUCGAUUUGCCGAUACCAAGGCCCAGAAGCAGCUGAAACAGCAGAGCCAGGAACGUCGCAACUGGCGCAGUCGUGAAUACAGCUACUCUGUUGAACACACCCCGUCUCCGAUCUUGACUCGUUUGCAAGACAUGGGCAACCAUAUCAGUCCCAUCGGAAGCUACCAAUCACCUGCGGGAGCUAGCAAUACUUUCACCCCAGCGACGUCAGUCUCUCCGGCUGAGAUGCCCGGUGUCAACAAGUCAGUCAGUGUGACUCGCAGCUCUCAAUGGCCUAUGCAAGGCGGACUUCAAUCAAUCACCAAUAUCACAACUGUCCGUACCAACAUGCCUGCCACAACGGCUCCGAGCACCUAUGUCGAGGGUCCCCAAAAGACUGCGUCCAUCCUUCCAAUCCUUCAAGAGAGUAACGAUGCCACCAAAAAGACACCCAGUCCAAAGAAGGUCACUAUCAAGAUUGAGCCUGCCAGUGGCAAGGAAAAUGUCACCACUACUCCGCAGUCCGUCUCCGUCAAAUGAGCCGAUCGUCAUGGUGCUCCUGAGAACAUGAUCCUGCUUCCACUAUUUUUGGUGUGCAUCUUGUUCUUGGUCGGCUGGCACCUCCAUUUUGCUCUUUUUUGCUCAUCCUUCCGUCGAAACAUGUGCAACAUUGCUGCGGCACAGCCUUCGCGAAUAUCAACAGAUUCAACAAGACAGAUACUCAACAUUGAUCCAUAGAGUAUGACAGGACAUCUCUACAUGUUGCAUGGUCCACCUGGAAGUAUCAAGUAGCCAUCGUGUUCAUAUGGCAGAAAAGAAGAACGAGAUCAAUGGGUGUAUGUGUUGGGCACUUUCAUCAAGUAGCAUGACUUGUGUAUUAUGAGAAGGAAACAUAUUAGUUGUGUCAAACACAAUGCAAUUGAUA